GAACAUCAGGUAUCAUCACACAACAGCGUCUGAAAAACACUCCGCACUUUCAAAAAAGAUAACGAUCACUUGUUAUUCAUCAUCACAUAUAGAAGAAUAAAAGUAUUGUUAUCUACCUAUCAAAUAUUCUCCCUUUCAGUUACAUUAGUUUAAAACUGCCACAAUUAAAAUGGAUAUUGGACAAAUUUUACCGGGAACCUCCCCUCCUAACUAUCAUCAAGAUCAAAACAACUUGAAUCAAUUGCAAAAUAAUUCAAAUAAUAGUAAUAAUAUUCAUAAUAUUCAUAAUAGUAAUAGUAAUAAUAAUACUACUCCUAUUACAGAGCCAGUUAAGAGAAUUUAUAGCUCUAAAUCAAAAACUAUUCAUGUCGAAUCAAAUAGUAAUCAUCAUCAGAACACUAAUGGUUUAAAUAAUAGUCAUCAAAUGCCAAAACAAAUUGUUAUGAGUAGUGGCGGAGUAUUUCCAAUUCAUAAACAGCCAAACUAUUUCUUUCCACCAUUUCCAUCUCCAAAUAGUAAUGGAAAUGCACAUAGUACUGCAUUUAUUAUUCCACCAUUUCCAUCACCAAACAGUUCAUCAACUUCCAAUACUUUAUUGAACACAAAUAUGAAUCAACAAGUUGAUAUAUUGAUGAAUCAAAGUGGUUAUUCUACCAGCUCUUCAAGUCCUAAUAGUGCUAAUUGUGUUACUCCGCAACUUGAUUUGGACAAGUCAAAUAUUGAUUCAGUUCCAAUUAAGAAGAGACAAAAGAAAUCAGCAAAUACCACUACUAGCACUCUUCAAGAUAUUUCAAAUCAAAUUGUAACAACUGAUGAAGAGAAUGUUCCAUCCUCCAAUAUGGAAAAGAAGAGACAAAGAAAGGACCCUGAUGAUAGACAAAAAGAAAAGAAGGAAAGAAGAUUGAUUAGAAAUAGACAAUCUGCACAAGCUUCUAGAGAACGUAAGAAACUCUACAUUCAAACCUUGGAAGAAAAAGUUGCCAAUCUCGAACAACGAAUUAAAUUAUUGGAAGAGGAAAAUGCACUUUUGAGAAGACAACAAGUGGUCUAACAUAUCUUUAUGAAAGAUAUUGAGCAAUAGAAAAUAUAUCAUUCUCAGAUAGCAGAUAGUACUUAUCUGAUGAAUCAUUGCUCAUUAAUUGAGAUUGUCCUUCCAAAAUUUUAAGGACACCUCAAUAGGAAAGAUCUCUCUUUCAAAGAAAAAAUACUCAAGUUUAUGGAAUAUUUCAUUCACUUUGAGUAGUAGUUAUCCACAACAAAUUCUUCAUACCUUGUAAAUACACAAAAUAUUGAUACAAAUUAUUGAGAAAUAAAAAAUCAAAUC